GGCGCGCGCGGGUGGCGCGCUGUUGCUGCCGCCGCUGCCGCCUGGACGCGCGCGCCGCUCCCCCCCGCCCGCUUCCCCCGCCAGCUGUUGCCUCGCGCGCGCCUUCCCGCCGCCGCCGCCUCGCGCUCCCGCCGCCGUUGCGUGCGGCGCGCGCUGCCCCGCGGCACCGGCCAACGCCUAAAAUGACUCUGUGAAUUCAGUGGAAUAAAUGGCGUCCAAAGUAACUGAUGCUAUAGUUUGGUACCAGAAAAAGAUUGGAGCAUAUGAUCAACAAAUAUGGGAAAAAUCAGUAGAGCAAAGAGAAAUAAAGGGUUUGAGAAACAAACCAAAGAAAACAGGACAUGUGAAACCAGACCUCAUAGAUGUUGAUCUUGUAAGAGGAUCUGCUUUUGCUAAAGCAAAACCUGAAAGUCCUUGGACAUCUUUGACCCGCAAAGGAAUCGUGAGAGUUGUUUUCUUUCCAUUCUUCUACAGGUGGUGGCUACAAGUGACAUCAAGGGUCAUUUUUUUCUGGCUGCUUGUUCUUUACCUUCUCCAAGUUGCUGCUGUAGUGCUAUUCUAUACAGCCCAAAGCCCACAUAAUAUACCUCUGACUGAAGUCAUUGGGCCAAUAUGGCUCAUGUUGCUGCUUGGGACUGUGCACUGUCAGAUUGUUUCAACACGAACUCCUAAGCCACCUCCCAGCACAGGGGGUAAAAGAAGAAGGAAAUUAAGGAAAGCAGCACAUUUGGAAGUACAUAGGGAAGGAGAUGGCUCUAGUACCACAGAUAACACACAGGAGGGAACAGUGCAGAGCUACGGUACAAGCACCUCUUGCAGUAUUGGCGCUGUCUUCAGAGAUAUCUGGCAUGCUGCUUUCUUUUUAUCAGGAUCUAAGAAAGCAAAAAGCUCAAUAGAUAAAUCCACUGAAACUGAUAAUGGCUACGUGUCCCUUGAUGGGAAGAAGCCAGGUAAAGGCAGUGAAGAAUGUGUGCAGGGCCAUGAGCGCCGCUGUGAAGUGAUUAGGCCAGAAGAGACAGGGUGGAGCCCUUCCACAGGGAGAGAUGCCUUGGGCAACCACAGUCACCGCAAAGAUGCUCACAGGACUGUGACAAAUUUAUCAGAUGAAGUUUCCAGUGAGGAAGGGCCUGAAACUGGCUAUUCUUUACGCCGCAGUGUAGAACGCACUUCUAGCGAUUGUACGCUUCGAAACAGGAAAUCUCACCAUUACAAGAAACACUACCCUCUGGAGGACACACCUAAAUCAGGUACUAGCUGCAGUUCUCGGUGCUCAAGCUCCAGACAGGACUCUGAGAGUACAAGGCCAGAGUCAGAAACUGAAGAUGUGCUAUGGGAGGAUCUCUUGCACUGUGCUGAGUGCCACUCGUCCUGUACCAGCGAGACAGACGUGGAGAGCCCUCAGAUGAAUCCAUGUGUGAAGAAGGAAUUCAGAGAUGACCCAUUUCAUCAGAGUCAUUUGCCUUGGAUCCACAGUUUGAAUCCAGGACUAGAAAAAAUAAGUGCAAUUGUAUGGGAGGGCAAUGACUGCAAGAAAGCAGAUAUGUCUGUGCUUGAAAUCAGUGGUAUGAUAAUGAACAGAGUGAACAGCUAUAUACCAGGAAUUGGCUAUCAGAUUUUUGGAAAUGUCAUAUCUUUAAUCUUGGGUUUAAUGCCCUUUGUCUUUCGGCUGUCCCAAGCUAAAGAUUUAGAACAACUAGCAGCACAUUCUGCCACUGAGCUCUGCAUGACUGCAUUUGGAUCAGAUGGAGAUGUUCUGGUUCUCUCAAUGGUUUUUAUAAGUUUCGUGGUCCGAGUGUCUCUAGUGUGGAUUUUCUUUUUUCUACUCUGUGUAGCAGAGAGAACAUAUAAACAGAGGCUACUUUUUGCCAAACUUUUUGGUCAUCUAACAUCUGCCAGAAGGGCAAGAAAAUCAGAGGUACCUCACUUCCGCUUGAAGAAAGUGCAGAAUAUAAAAAUGUGGCUUUCUCUCAGGUCCUAUCUAAAGCGUCGAGGUCCUCAGCGCUCAGUGGAUGUCAUAGUUUCAUCUGCCUUCCUGCUGACUAUCUCAGUUGUGUUUAUCUGUUGUGCACAGUUACUUCACAUGCAUGAGAUUUUCCUUGAUUGUCACUACAACUGGGAACUCGUAAUUUGGUGCAUUUCUCUAACUCUUUUCCUCUUAAGAUUUGUUACUCUUGGAUCUGAAACAAGUAAAAAGUACAGCAAUACCUCAAUAUUACUUACUGAGCAGAUAAACUUGUACUUGAAAAUGGAGAAAAAGCCUAAUAAGAAGGAGGAACUGACACUAGUGAAUAAUGUUUUAAAGCUUGCUACUAAGUUAUUGAAGGAACUGGACAGUCCCUUUAGGUUAUAUGGGCUUACAAUGAAUCCACUGCUUUAUAACAUCACCCAAGUUGUCAUCCUGUCAGCUGUUUCUGGUGUCAUCAGUGACUUGCUUGGAUUUAAUCUAAAGCUCUGGAAGAUCAAAUCUUGACAGUAUAGAAAGAAGAUGAAAUAACACAGUGUUACAGAAAAGGUAAUUGAUGGACAAAACUGCCUCACAGCAGCCACUGAAUCUGUAUUUCAGAAGCUACAACCUCUUCAAGGAAGUCAUUUGGAAAAUGGAAGUGUUUACAUCUGUCUUGUGCAAUCUUUGUAUUUAUUUCAUCUUCUCACUGGUUUGUGUUUGUUUUAGUUGACAUUUAUGUUUUAUUUUCAAAUUAAUUGCUUAGUUUUGGAAAGGGUCAGAUAUAGGAAGGGUCAAAAACUGUGUGUCUGAGAGUUUGAAAUCCUGAAAAUUGAUUACACUAAAUUGCUCUAUCUGUUGUUAAAUCUAAGCCAAUGCUGAACAUUUUUAGUUACCAGUAACACUAUAUGGAAGUCUUUUGAUUUUUGAUAGUGUGGUAAAAUGGCUUAGAAUAUUUCAUUUGCACCAGUCAUUUCUGAGGACAAUAUCAAUGGAUGCUUGGUUGCAAUAGAAAAGUGAGACAUACUCAAAAAAUAAAGUACUGACAAUACUAUGACAGGUAGCAAAAAUGUUUUGUAUUACUAUUAGAAACAAGUGGGAAUUUCUAAUAGUUUGAGUAAUUCCAGGAUCUAAACUCAUAUAGACUGCAGUUUAAAUAUCCUGGGAUAUUAAAAAGGUAUUAUAUAAGAAGUCAACAAGUGUUCUUUGAUAACACACUUAUUCGAGCAAUAAUUGUAAAUGGUUACCAUGCUGUAUGAUAUUUUGAUAAAAAUUAAAUAUUGUAUUUAUUUGAAAUACUGGGCUGUUCUGCGCAGCUCCAACUGUGCAUGUGCACUUUUUAUUGUUACUUUUAAUGAGAAACUUUAUACAUAUAAAUGUAUAUUAAUUGGGAUAUAUUAUGGUGAACUAUGGAGCAGUAUGUAUUAUAUGUUGAAGUUGAAUAUUUAAACAAGCAAAUUAUUUACUGGUGAAAGGAAUGCUUUGAAUGACUGAGCAAAAGAUAGAUGCUCUCUUGUACACUAUAGUAUAUGCCAUUCAUACCACAUUGAAGUUUAAGAACAAUGAAACACAAAGAGCAAGUUGCUCUGGUGAGCAACAGAGCUACAGAGCCUGGUAUUUGGCAGGUUUGUGUCUUGAAAUAACUGCCAUUCCUCCCCAGCAGGUGUCAUUCCCAUGUGCUUUCUGCUGGGGUUUCCAACACCUCUCCCCCUGCCUCCCACAAGGACCAGUCAUAUUGACUUGUGGUUCUUCAGUGUGGCAAAAAUAAGGUGUCUAUCCCUGUGGAAUUAAGUAACUUGUAACAAGCUUUCCUUCUACAAAUUAUUUUGGGAGGAUUUAUACCACCGGGCACAAAAAUUCUUGUAUGUUAUGUUUCUAAAAUACUGGAUUCAUACCUGAAAAAUGACAAGUAGUUGCUGACAAGAGUCUGGAUAUUGCCCUAUGUUUGUUAUCUUCAGCAUCUUGAAAGAUUGGAAGUAUUGAGUCUUAAACUUAUGUGGUAUAAAAAUAUUUUUAUAUAUAAAGCAACACAAACAAGCAUUUUGUAUUUUAUUUGCCUCUGUACUAAUGUUUAAUAAUGACCAAAGUGCAUUCUGGUUUUUGGAAGAAUGUAUUACUGGAGCUUUAAGAACAUACUAUAUUUAGUUUCUCAUGUGAAAAUUGAGCUGCCUCUGAUCUGUUUUUCCUUUCUCUGUUGUUUGACGUUGGGAUUGUUUUUAAAAAUUAAAUACAUUUUAUACACAGUUUUUUCCAAAUUAUGGUACAGACCUACACAGAACUUAAUUUUGCACAAAAUAUAUUUAAAAAAAGAAAAAAAAGAGCAGCAGGAGUUCUAUGGGUGAUAAAAGAUAAGGCUGUUGCUUUUUACAGCCUGUUGUUAUUACAUAACCAUUCUUUACUCUAGAGUGGAAUUAUUUUUAGAAAUGUGAAAUAGUGACUAUAUGGCUUUCAUUAUUUAAAAAAAAAGGUGAGAGAAAACACUGCAGUUUGGGUUGAAGAUGAAAUUAGUUUAACCAUGUAUACCUCAGCAACUAGCACUGUGCAGUUUGUUGCACUAACGAACGGUGGCUUGGGGAAAGUAAAGCAUUUGUUAAAUGAAAUUCAAAAUAAUAAAAACCUUUAUUUGCUACCCUUAGGUAUAUUCAUUAUGUGAAAAAUGAGAGAGGUUUAGUUUCCAUCCCUCAGUGUGGAAAGUCCAGUAUAAGAAAAGAGGCAAGUAGAAAUAUGGCAGAUCUUGCGUGUUAACUGUUAUUUUUUGCCAUGUGUUUUGUAACUGAAAGUGUGAUCAGGCUUGGAAUAAAGCUUUCUAUGGUUGAUGGUAAAAAAGAAAAAAAAAAUGCAGUGAGCUAUAUCUUUUAGUAAUGUCCAGCCUAUAUCUGUCUGCCUGUUUUUGAUUUAAAUCCAUAUAUUCUAUUUAAAUUAAAGCAUGUUUGGGAAAGAAACCUGCACACAGAAUGCAAAUGAUACAGAAUAUCAUAUAGGACAACCCAAGUUAAAAUACAGGUGAAAUGCAGAAAGAUACUUUAAUAAUUUGAUUAAUGCUCCAUGUUAUCUUCUAGGAAUGGGACAUUUAAAACCCUUUGUGCAGCUACCAAAUUGAGUAACUUCCAAAAACUUCUCUGGAUUGCAAGCUUAUUUCAUUCCAGGUAAUGCUUAAGGAUAUCACUGGUUCAGAUUUCAGAGGUCCAUCUUUGGCACCCAGCAGCAAGCAGUAGAGAGAAUUAUCUUUUUUACAGGAGGUGGUAGUGGGCUGCUGCUGUUGUCUUUACUGGGUACUUCAAACCCCAAGGCAUCCAACUUGUCUGUCAGGGGAAAAAGAGGAACAAGGUGGUGUUGAUCUGCCCACUGCUGCCUCCUUAGGUAGACUAUUGUUAUGAGUUUCUCAGUAGUGAAUUUCUCUAGUAGGAAUGUGAGAGAAUACUUUAGAGGAAGAAUGCAUGACUCUUUGUUCUCAGUCCAUAAAGCAACCAUGUUUGUGUUACACGACUGCACAAAAGAACUGUAUUGGUGCAGGAGCUGGGGAAGCAAAUAUUUUAGUAAUAAAUAGCAGCUGACAAAGUCAUCUUUUUUAAUGGGGAAAGCAGUCACCUUUUCCAAUGUAAUUCUUGCAAGACAGCAGAGGAAGUCAUCUUGGGAAGAUGCCCAUGUUGUUUGUUUUGUUAAAAAACCCCCACAGCAGUCUUCAUUCACACAGUUCACCACUUUACUGUGGCUUUCCUCAUGAAUACUUUGCCUUGGUACCUUGUCAGUCUUAGGAAAAGUGGUGAGUCUCAGCUGGGUUGUUAGGAUCCUGCUUUGCUGACACUUCCUUUUCCUGAAAAUCACCAUCCUCUUGUCACUGGUGAUGGACAGAGCCUGCAUAUACCUUUGAAGUCCCUGUAGGAGGGGUGUUCAGACAGAAGGUGAUCUCAGCAAUUCUGCUGGCCCUUGGGGAGUGUCUGAUCACAAAACACCAGGAGAUACCUGCCUUGCCAGUGUUCCUGACUGGGCUGAUAGAGGUGUUUGGGUAAUACCUGUCAGCUCUGCUCAUUUUAUCUGCUCCUUUUGCCUAUUGCCUUCCUGACUGAGCAAAUAGACCCCAUUGGUGACAGCUGUCUCAGGAAAGGGGGAAUGUCCAAGGCUGCUAUGGACAGCUUGUGAGAGGGUAACUCAGGAAAGAAAGGGAGUGUGAUACCUAUGAUACCUGGAAUUGAUGAUCUACUUGGGUGACAGUUCUACUGUCAGAGCUGAAUAUCUGCAUUAUGUAAUAUAACCCCUGAGCCCAACAUUGCCUGGGGCUUGGUAGAGUUAAGAUUUCCUCCUUACUGUCUCAAGCAGUCAAUCACUGCUGGAGUCUGGCAUGUCAUGUACGUUCUCUAGACACACAGGCAGCCUUGAGAAGGGCCUUCAUGUCAACUCUUUUCAAGGAAAGGGACACAAAGAUCUUCCCCAUAGUGUGCUGCUACUUCCCCUGAUCAGGCCUGGGACAGGACAGAACUUGUAAUGGACAAUAACAGAGGAGGCUGCAGCUGUAAGUCUUGUCCCUUGUCACUUGGUCUUGCUGUGGAUGUUCAUAUUGCAGGCUGAAGGCUUUGUCAACCUGUGGCUGUAGAUUGCUGCAGCUUCUCCAAAUCAUCUUGGAAGGGAUAAAGCAUGUGGAGAGAUUGGUUCUAAAUGUGAAGAAUUCCCAGGUGUCUGUCCUCUUUGGUCAUUUUGAUCCUCAGAUGCUACACCCUGUGCAGUUUAAUAUGCAUGGGCAGCUACAGUAUUCUUGAGGAUGAUGUGGAGUAUUGCUCAGUGUGAGGUGUUUGGUACAGGGCAGAUUUAUGUGAAGGAGAAUUUGCCAGCCUGCUGUACCAGGAGUUGGAUGUGCUUUUCCAGCCCAGGAGCAGUGCCUUGCAGUGGGCUCUGCUUGGGGCUGGUGUUGGAGCACACAGCUACUGCCACAGCAGCCAGGACUCUUGGGCAGCUGGGCAGCACUUCAGCUGGUGUUAUGCCAUGUUUAAGGCAGGUUGGGCUUCCUGGCAGUGAGGUCUCAGAACAUCUUGUUUUACUGCUGUCAUGCCAAAGAUACAAUGGAGUUCUAACUAUAAGCAGGUAUGCAAGACCUUGGAUUUUAAUUGGAUGUUAAUGUAGAAGCUCAGGUCAAAUUUGAAGUCCCAUCUUGGUUUCAUCAGGGAAGGUUUGCAGUGUGGCUAUAGGAAUAAAUGGGAAAGGGGAAGGAAACCUGUCUGGUUGAUGCCAUCUCUAUUGUCUGUCAGGCUGCCAUUUGAGAGCUUCCCCCAGGUACCUUUGGUGCAUGUAGGUCCUUAUGGAAUGUCUGAAUUAUGCAAGUGUAAAAUAUCUGUAGAGCAUUACUUCAGAUUAGCUAGUUUAGAGUAAGUGCUGGAGAGUAAAUGUGUACCUCAAUAUCUUACAAAAAACCCUCCAAAAGUGUUAUUUAAUAAGAUGAAAUAUUUUUUUAAAGUUUUUAUUUUUACCUAUUUCUUCCCACUCUUUAAUCGUUUUACACUUGAGUGGACACUUUGCCAUCCUUAAACUUUCAGCAAUCUGAAGUUGCUGCAGAUUUGUUUUUGUGAUAAGAAGCCAAUUCUCUGGGCUGUAAGCAAUGCCAUGUCUCCUGCUGUCAGAAUUCUCUGGAGAGAGAAAUCAAGAGAUUUCCUUUCUGGCUCUUCAGAGAUGAAGCUACAACAUUCAGUAUGGACACAAGCACCUCUGAUAAAAUAAACAGCACUGAUGUCUGGUCAGAUUCAAUUUUUCCAAUACAAGCUUAUAUAAGUUCAUAAUCUGGAGUGGGAAAUAAGGUUAUGCCACAUCAAGAUUUGUCCAUUUUAUUUCUUUUUUUCCCCUGUGUUUGAUUAAUCACUUCAAGGAAAAGUAAGCACAUUCACUUUAGGUACAAGCUCCCCAAAAUAUUCCAUUUCUUACUAAUUUAAUCUAUUACUUCAAUCUUUUGUUUAAGAAUAACAAUACUUUAUGUUUAGGUAUGCUUGCAUUCCUAAACACCCACCAACUUUUCACUCCUAGCCCUCAUAUACAGCUCCUGCUUCUUGAACAUGGCCUUGCUGAUAAUGAAAUUUGUCAGGAAUUAGCUGGCUGCCUUCUGCCCAUAUCACAAUCCAAGCCUGAGUUUCUAGGUAUGUGAUUAUGAAUCAAAUGAAAUCUUUUGCUUUAUCUCAUGCAUGUAAAUAAAUGGGAAGAU